CGACAGCGGCGGCGGAGCGGCAGGCGAGGGGACAGCGCGAAGCGGGGCGCCGACAAGCGGCAGCGCCGAGGUGACUCCUCACUGCACUGUUGAAACCAUUAGGAAAAAUCCUUGUGGUUAAAAGCGGGGGCUCCAGAGUGUAACCUGCACUUGGGCCUAGAAAUUUAUUUAAAUGACGACUGAUCCGUCUGAAGCCGAACUCGUCCAUCAUAAGGCGCUCCCACUCUUAGUGGGUGCUCAGCUGAUCCACGCGGACAAGUUAGGUGAGAAGGUUGAAGACAACACCAUGCCAAUUCGUCGGGCUGUGAAUUCGUCGACCCGGGAAACUCCUCCCAAAAGCAAACGCACUGAAAGUGAGGAGAAGAAGCCAGAUCCAGACAUAAGCUCUGAAGAAUCUGCUUCCACUGGAGAAGAACAAGAGAAUGAAACUCCACCUGCAACAUCUAGCGAGACCGAACAGCCAAAGGAACCUGCAGCUGAAGAGAAGGGAGAAAACAAGUCAUCUGAAGAAACCAAAAAGGAUGAGAAAGAUCAGACUAAAGAAAAGGAGAAGAAAGUGAAAAAAACAAUACCUUCAUGGGCUACCCUCUCAGCCAGUCAGCUAGCCAGGGCCCAGAAGCAAACACAGAUGGCUUCCUCCUCCCGCCCCAAGAUGGAUGCGAUCCUGACAGAGGCCAUUAAGGCUUGCUUUCAGAAGACUGGAGCGUCUGUGGUUGCUAUCCGAAAGUAUAUCAUCCACAAGUACCCUUCCCUGGAGCUGGAGAGAAGGGGGUAUCUCCUUAAGCAGGCACUGAAAAGAGAGCUGGAGAGAGGAGUCAUUAGACAGGUGAAAGGAAAGGGAGCUUCUGGGAGUUUUGUGGUUGUCCCAAAUGCAGGAAAAACCGUUCAGAAAUCUAGAGACAGAAAGAAAAGUACCUCCACAAUUCCUCCAGAGCAACAGGUAAAAUUAGAAGAUAUUCUCCCUCUGGCCUUCACUCGCCUCUGUGAGCCUAAAGAAGCUUCCUACAGCCUCAUCAGAAAGUAUGUGUCUCAGUAUUAUCCUAAACUCAAGGUGGAUCUCAGACCACAGCUGUUGAAGAAUGCCCUGCAGAGAGCAGUAGAAAAAGGCCAGUUAGAACAGAUCACAGGCAAAGGAGCUUCUGGGACAUUCCAGCUGAAGAGAUCAGGGGAGAAACCCCUGCUCGGUGGAAGUCUGAUGGAAGAUGCCAUCCUAUCCGCCAUUGCUGCCAUGAAUGAGCCGAAGACCUGUUCGACCACUGCUCUGAAGAAGUACGUCUUGGAGAACCAUCCCGGGACCAACUCGAACUUCCAGGUGCACCUACUGAAGAGAACUCUGCAAAAGUGUGAGAAGAACGGUUGGCUGGAGCAGAUCUCCGGAAAGGGAUUCAGUGGAACCUUCCAGCUCUGCUUCCCCUAUUACCCCAGCCCAGGAGUGCUGUUUCCAGAGAAACAUCAAGAUGAGGAGUCUGAGGAAUCUGAAGAUGAUUCAGAAGAGGAGGAAGAAGAAUCAUCUGAGGAAGAAGAAUCUGAAGAAGAUGAGCCUCCUCCCAAGAAAAGGUUGCAGAAGAAGUCUCCCGCUAAAUCCCGAGGGAGGGCCGCGCCUGUGAAGCGGAGAGAGUCAAAGCCCAAACCGAAAACCCCCGCUGCCCAGCGGGGCAAGGCAAGACCCUCUCCUAAGAGAGCCCCACCCAAGGCCAAAACCCCUGCCAAGAAAGCCAAGCCAGCACCUCCAGCCAUCAAAAAGCCUGGUGGCGGCUCUUCCAAGAAACCAGCAGCCAGCGGGAGAAAAGAAGUGAAAUCUCCCGCCAAGGGCAAGUCAACCAUGAGGAAAUCUCUGAGAGCAAAGAAGUAGUGCAGUGUAAUAGAAAGGGUUAUCAUGAUGAAAUUCAAAUUCUUAUUUUAUAAGGUCAAGAGCCUGCAUUUGUAUUUGUUUUGAUGCUUAAAACAUAACUUUUUUUUUUUUUUCCUUUUUUCUUGAACAGCGUGGGGAGGGAAGAUUAACCAGCUCGGGCAUUUGUACACUCUGGAUGCUAUUCUUUGGUGCCUGUCCCUCCCCUUGAAUUAGGCAUUUUAGUUUCUGCAGUUAUUCUGGGACUUUUCUAGCUCGUGUAAUCUACCUUUACUUUUUCUUUUUCUUUUUCUUUUUUUUUUGUGCGGGGAGGGGUGUUCAUUUUGAGUUUCAUUUUUGGGGGGGGUGUUUUUGUUGUGGGUUUUAGCAGAUCAGUUUUUAAACAAUUGCGAAGAAGAUUUUUCUAUUUCCGGAAGGAGGUAGCACAGAGACGAUAGAAAAACCUUACCGUGCGUCGCUCUAGCCCAACGGUAACACUGCUGCCUUGGGAGCUCCUCUGGAGUGCAGUUCAAGCCGUGAUUUUUAUUUAUAAAACUACUAUACUAAUCAUGUACCUCUCCAGCUAUGUAGUAGAGAGAGUUUGAUUUUCAACUCUGGAAAGCAGCGAAAUCUGCCGCAGUCCAAUUGAAUUUUGAAGGUGUUAGUUUCCCUCCCGUGGGCCGUUUGGUUCCCGAAGGGCAGUUUCUGUUUCUUCCCGGAUCUGGGCCGCCGCCGUUCUGUAUUUGAUAAACGCUGGGCACCGGAGGGUCUCCAAACAGAGUUUUCAGGCACGGCAGUAAGGAGGUGGGUGGCUUCUCCUCGAGCCUCUCGGUAGCUUGCCGCGGGUUACGGGAUUCCUCACGUCACCGUCCUGCUGCCAAAGACCAAACCGUAAAAAUCUUCUUGACAAAGUGUUUAAAUGGUUUCUGAUGAUGAAGAGCUUGAUUUGUCACUCUUUGUUUGCCUUUUCUAAAUGAGAUGUUGGAGAGUUAUACAAUCGCUAAUGUAGAGAUGUUGAGAAGUGGAAAACAUGCAGUUUGCUGAAAUAAAUGAAAUUAGAUUCCAGAUCCAUCUUGUGGGUUUCUUUCCCGCCCCCCUUCUUUCCCCCGUCCUGCCCUCUUUUCCACAGCACUUUUACAUCAUAGACAUGGCUUCCUUUUAGAGAUGGAGAAAAACAUAAAUGAAGCCUAACAUCCUUCGUUUGUAUUUUGUUUCGGUAUUGUGAGACUGUAUUAAAUAUUACUAGAUUUCUACCUGAGACAUUUACGUUUCCGGUUCUCCUCUAACUUCCCUGUGGCAUUUUAAACUUUUAAUUGUCUGAAAAUAUUCAGUGUACAACUUUUAGGUCCUUGAGCACUGCCAAAAGCUAAGCCUGUCUGUCUCAUAUUCAUUCCACAUGCACUGUCUCUUCUGGGAUCCCUCUGCAAGCUGAAGAUAAUUAGGAAACGGACUGAGAAGAUUAGCUUAAUUUAGAAACAUAUUCAUUGUGUGAUCCCGUCCUGGAUUAUUGGAAUUUGUGUUGCAUGUAAGGCAAUCUUUCCUGUUGUAAAUCUUCCUUUUUUAUGUACAUAUAUUUUGAAAAGUAUGAAUAAACAUGAAGUUUAAAAA